AUGCCCUCAGGCGGCGUGCGGCUCUCUGGGGGACCAGUCUUGUCAGAAGCAGAAGUGUCGUUCCCAGAGAGCGACGCUUCCUCCAUCAUCAGCAUAUCCGAUCGCUUCGCACCAUCAGACACUGAAGAAGAGAAUGGACUACACGACAAGCAGAAAUACCGCCUAUUGGAGCCUGGCAACAAAACGAGAUUAAAUCUGCGAACAAAGGAGCCAUUGCCCCCGAACCCGAGAUCUGUACCGCCUUCACCACCGCGAAAGCAGACAAACACAUCGGCUCCAUCCACGCCACGCACGAUGCGUUCGAGCACACAACAGCAGAGCCCAUUGCGCGCUUCGCACAGACCUACAAACGGCAGCAGCGAGAACGUUAGCGACAGUGACUUCGCCAGCUCCGGCCUGUCUCGUGCAGGAUCUAUCUACACCCUUGGUAGGGCCAGCUUGCAGGGCCAACUAGCUCAUCUCACCUCUCUGCGACUGCCAGACGCCAGCUCUCUCGCGAAGAAGAUCUCCGAUAUACCUUCUUCAACGGACGCAGCGAAGGCACUGUCUGAUGCCUCGGACCAGAUACGGUUGUGGAUCGCGAAGGCGACAGACGUGCUGAAUGGGCUCAACGCUGAGGAUGACGUAGAGUGGGCAGCGGCAGGCGGAAGAGAAGGCAUUGAGGAUGUGGACGCAGCGAUUACGCGGUUUCAAAGAUUGAUCGAUGUCUACCUGAUAUCGAUCGAGGAGCUGCAGACCCGGAAAGAUGUCUCAGAGCUACCAGCUGACGAGUUGAGAGCAACGGUCAAGCAGAUGGAGGGCAUACUCUCAAGCUGGCAAAAAGUCAAAUCAACACUGGGUGGCGUGAAAGGGCAAGUGGAGGUCGCGUUGGAAUGGGAAGAGCUGUGGAAUACCGUGCUGGGCGAGAUCGGUCAGGAGAUGGAUGGCUUGAACCGGCUUGUCUUCGAGAUGGAGGAGAAGAGACAUGAAGGCACUGGGAGUCUGUUGAGCUCAAGAGACAGCAUUGAUCUGCACGAGCUUGAGACGAUCAUAGAGGAGAGGCCUGGGAAGGGCGCACCUCUGAACAACCACCGCCUAAGCUUGCCGACGUUUUCGCCAAGUUCACCGAAUGAGUCGAGAGAAGAUUCGAGCUUGCUAGCUCUCUUCGCAAGGAUGCAGCCUCUGAGAGCAUCUCUGGACUUCCUGCCUAUGCGGCUUGCGACAUUCCAGAUACGUGGCCAUCCUAUCUUUCCUUCAGCAUGCGAGGACCUACACCAGCGAAGAGAGCAUCUCGAGGAAGAGUGGAAGAGGCUGGAAUCGGAUGCGGAGUCCCUACGGCGAGAGCUUGGUGAGGACCGGUGGAUUUUGGUCUUCAGAAACGCAGGACGGCAAGCGCUCAAGAUGGAGGAGUCGAUCACGCGGAGUUUCAACAAACUCAAGGAUGCUGUCGCCGAGGGCGAGCAGCAGAACGAUGGGCCGUCUUUCACCAAGAAGGCCGAGAACUACGAAGCGAAGAAGACGCAUUAUGGUCCUGCCAUCGAGCGAGUACUGGCGAUCAUAGAUCGUGGUGUGCAGGACAGACUCACUGUUAAUGGCGAGAUCUUGAGAUUGCAGAUUGACAUGAAGGCGCGCUGGACCGCUCUACAAGCUGAGAUGCAAGACAUGGACUCGGUACUGGAGGAGAUCUGCUCUGAGACCCGUGACAAGCAGCUCCGAGACUCGGUCUCAACUGUCAUGUCGAGCGAGCGGUCUUUGGCAAGCAGUCUUAUGGAGACUCCUGGCAGCUCACCGGCGAGCAGUGUUGCCGGUACAAGUCGAAAGAGCAGCUUCCACGGCUCGAGGACACCGACACCUCUCAACGUCCCGAAAGCACGCAAGCCUUCCAGCGGCCGAGCAGGACCUUCGUCCAUCCCCAGGCGGAUCCCGCUCACGCAAUCUCGAGACUCGACGCCUAGCCCUUACUCAUCUCCUUUGGCUGCCCGCUCGAUCGGCAACAUCUCUAUCUCCACGACCAAGACCGAUCUUCCUGUGUCCAACCGACCUCGUUGGCAUCAAGCGAUGAAGGCGGAGAGCCGUGACUUCCGCCCUCUGUCCGCGUUCGAGCCUUCGCCGUAUGCGAAGGGACCGGUUGUUAAGCAGACGAACUUCCUACGUGCGUCGUCUGCGCAGACGCCGGCGCCGUCUUCUUCUCGCCUACCGCAAUCUCGAAUGACGCCCAGCCGAAACUUCUCCACUCCGAAUCCACCUCGGACACAAUCUCGACUGCCGGCAACUGUGCCCAGGGUUACCAGCGUAAACGACACCGGCCGAAAGUCAUGCCUACCCGUUCCCGUGAGCACGCUGCCCCAACCACGGCCCUCUGCAACCAGGGCUGCUAGUGCAUUGGCCAGCUGCACUCCUCCCAGCCGCCUCAAGACGCCUUCGUCUGUCCCGCAUUCGCGGCGGCGUAGCCUGCUCUCGCAACCGCCUCUGCCACUUAAUGAUGGCAAUGAGGCCGACAACGAGAGCCCGCUGCAUCACAAGGUCAGGCCGCCAAGUGCGUUGUCUUCGGGGAGGCGGAGUAGUAUGCUGCCGAUGCGAGGCAAAGGCACGGCGACGGCUGCUGGGGCUCAGGAUGAGAGGCCAAAGUGGAGGUAG